UCCACGGCUCCACUGGUCUCAUCCCUGAGAAAAUUCCUGUUGGAAGAGAGACGUGGAGUCACAUUUUUGCAUUGUUCUUGCAGACGGGUGAAAAUAACGGCGCAUGAAGAUCUGACGCGUUUUCAUCGCAAAGCAUUUUAAAGGAUCCAAAUUGAGGCGUGCAGCCCAUCCAUGGCUUCCUGACCCUGCCCACCCGCUGUCCUGUUAGAGCACAGAGAAGGUCGAAGGUCAUCUGUCUCGUUUCCAUCACCACUCCUCUCUGGACCUUUCCCCUAUCUCAUUCCGGGUCCACUCCGGAUCCUAUUCCGGGACCGUUGUCCUUUUUUUCUCCAACCGCGCUCCGAAUCCGCUCCGGAUUCCACUCCGGAUCCGGACCAAACCCGCCUUCCCAGGGGCAGGCGCCAGGAACCAUCGGCUCGGUGAUGAACCACACGCCCAGCCCCCACAUGGCCGACAAGUCCGCCCCGGGGGCCCUGCUGUGCGGCCUGGGCCUGGGGCCCGACCGGGUGCGCUCGCCCGACAGCCUCACCCACACGCCCAGCCCCACGGGUGGAACGCCCAGCUCCAGCCCCCCUCUGCUGCUGUCCCCGGGGCUGGGGCUGGGCUGCGAGGGCCUGAGCAUGGGGAGCCUGGCCAGCGGCGUGGGGGGUAUCGGAGUAGGGGGAGGCGACUGGGAGAGUCGCGAGGAGCUGAGGCUGAGGGAGCUGGAGGAGGCGAGGGCCCGGGCGGCACAGAUGGAGAAGACCAUGCGCUGGUGGUCCGACUGCACCGCCAACUGGAGAGAGAAGUGGAGCAAGGUGCGUGCGGAGCGUAACCGUGCGCGUGACGAGGUGCGCCAGCUGCGCCAGCGCCUGGACGCCCUGACCAAGGAGCUGACGGGCGCGCGGCGGGAGCGGCAGGAGCUGGCGGCCGAGAACGAGCAGCUCCGCCUGGAGGCCCAGAGGCUGCGCGCCGCCGAGCUGGGCUGCCACAUCACCACGGCGACCGCCACCGCCACCGCCUCCCCCUCCUCCUCCAUCUCCUCCACGUCGUCAUCGCCCGCCGCGGUGGUGGGCGCCCCCGACAACGGCAAGGGGGAGGGGCCUGGCUCGCCGGAGCAGGAGCCGGUGAGGGACGUCAGCAGUGAUAAGCAGGAGCACAAGAAGGAGCUGGAGCUGCUGGAAGCGCUGUUGCGGUGCAAGGCCGAUGCUCUGGAGGGCUGGGACGCUCGCAGCGUGAGCAGCCUACGCUCGGCCCUGAGCCGAGGGGAGCGUGGCGGCGGGGGCCGCAUGGGAUUAUGGGAUGACCUGAGCCUCCCCGAGGAGGAGCCCGGACGCCUCAACGCACUGCAGCUACGCCUGGACGAGUCGCAGAAGGUCCUACUCAAGGAGAGAGAGGACAAGCAGAGUCUGAGCAAGAGCAUUGAGAAGCUGGAGACAGAGGUGGGCCAAUGGAAACUCAAGUAUGAGGAGCUGGCCAAGAGCAAACAGGAGGCCCUCAAACAGCUGAAUCUCCUGAAGGAAGUGCAUCAGGACGAGCUGGGCCGCAUGUCCGAGGACCUGGAGGAUGAGCUGGGGGCACGCAGCAGCAUGGACAAGAAGCUGGCCGAACUCAGAGCUGAGAUGGAGCGUCUCCAGGUGGAGAACGCUGCGGAGUGGGGUCGUCGCGAGCGGCUGGAGACGGAGAAGCUGGCGCUGGAGAGGGACAACAAGAAGCUGAGGGCCCACAUGGAGGACCUGGAGGAGCAGCUGGCACGCAAGAGACGGCAGGCGGCCAGCGCCCUGGACUCAGACCUCAAGACCAUACAGGCAGAGCUCUUCGAGAGGAACAAGGAGCUGGGUGACCUGCGCCACGUGCACUCCAAGGUGAAGAAGCAGUACCAGGAGAAGAUGGCGGAGCUGGCGCACGCUAACCGGCGCGUAGAGCAGCACGAGACCGAGGUCAAGAAGCUGAGGCUCAGGGUGGAGGAGCUGAAGAAGGAGCUAGGACAGGCUGAAGACGAGCUGGAUGAGGCCCAUAACCAGAGCAGGAAGCUGCAGCGCUCUCUGGACGAGCAGGUGGAGCAGACGGAGAACCUCCAGGUCCAACUGGAACACCUGCAGUCCAGGCUGCGGCGGCAGCAGAGUCCAGGUCUGUUUGGGAAGAUGAGGACGUCUGCGUCUGCGCGCUUCAGCUCGGACAACCCCGACGGGCCCCCCAGCGACCAGGACGAGGAGGACGAGGAGCUGCAGAUACAGAUCCCCUGAAGAGCCCUGGCACACCCGCACAUACCAAAACACACACACACACACACAUACACACAUGCGCGCCGACCCAGCUUUGACUGAGGCAACACCACCAGGAAGGCCCCCUGAGUGUGAGUGAAAGUGUGUGAACUGCUUUAUUUUGGGUCAUCACCAGAACUGCAGAUACGGGUUCACUAAAGACCCAGAGGAACUCUUGUCCCCCUCUUCUCCUCCUCCUCCCCCAC